AUGGCGAUUGUGCAAGAUUUGACCCACCGUCUCUCCCUAUUGAGACCAAUUAUAAACGAAAUUUGCGAGAUCGGCGGCAUCCCUGGAGCGUCAAUUGGGGUGGCUCAUCAGGGAAAAACUGUGUUUAGCGACAACUUUGGAUAUCGCGAUAUCGAGUCCUCUGUCCCACCUGAUUCCAACACAUUAUAUGGGAUUGCAUCGAUGACGAAAUCUAUCACCGCCAGUGCUAUCUGUAUUCUGGUUAAUGAAGGAAAGCUUAGCUGGACAACUCCGAUUGUCAGCAUUAUACCUGAGCUCAAUACUGUGGACAAGUAUCUCACUGGUCAGCUCGUUAUAACCGAUCUUCUCACUCACCAACUCGGGUUGGAAACAUCUAAUGAAUGGUGGUUUGGUUCAAAUGGCACACUAUUGAUGAAGAAAAGCCAGGCCAUAGCUUCAUUCAAUGCAUUAAAAAAAGUAGGCCCUUUUCGUCUCGGUACAAUGUACAGCAAUUGGAACUUUGUGCUCGCUGGCGAAGUCAUUGAGCGACUAAGCGGCGUGAGCUACGGAGAAUUCGUUCAAUCUAGAAUUUUCCAGCCCCUGCAAAUGGAUCGAACGACCACCACAAAGAAUUUCCAAUCGGUAGACGUUGAAAACUUUGCUAGGCCAUAUGGUGCGCUCGAUGACAAGUCAAUGGUCUUACUGCCCCCGCCUCCCGUUUUAGACGGCACUAUUAUGGUUGCUGCACAAGGGGUCCAAAGUUCCGUGAAUGACAUGCUCAAGUUCACGAAUGCGCUCCUAGCGGGCUGUAAAGAGGAUGGUGAUAAGGACUCGCCUCUCAAGCUCAGUUCAAGGCAGCUGGCUGGCCAUAUCUUUUGUGAAAAACAGUUAAUUGGCAAGUCUUACGCACUAGGACUAAUGCGCGCUCUACUGCCAAAUUCCAUUGGUGGAGGCCACGAGAUUUAUGGGAAGGUACCCACGAUCAAAUCUGGCGGUAGUACAAGGAUUGUUUUAUACCAUGGUGGGAGUCAAGCGGGAUACACAUCCUUCAUGAGCAUGUUGCCAGAAGCCGAUCUGAGUGUGGUUGUGUUAACCAAUUCGAUCGGUUUUGGUGAACCAUCUGGUUGGAUCCAUGAGUUACUCCUGGAAACAUUGGCUGAUAGUCCAGAUAAAACCGAUUUCAUCAAGCUCGCGAAGGGGGUUGCGGCUAACUACCUUCGAAAAAUUCCCAGGAUGCUUGAGAGCCUAGAGCAAUCACGAGAGGGUACCCCUUCAAGGCCGCUGAGCGAAUUUGUCGGUCGUUAUUCGAACCCCAAUCAUGACUUCGUGGUGGUGAUUAGACAAGGAGAUGAUAAAGCCUUGGAGGUUGUCUUUCAAGGCCUUGAGUCUCAAGCUUGGGAUCUUCGGCACCACCAUCAUGAUACCUUUACGUGGCUCCCUUCACUAAAUGAUAUCAUCAAGAACGCCCUGUUUCCACACAUGGGCCAAAAUGCAUACACCAUCACUUUUGAAGUUGAGGAUGGUACUGAAGUGAAAAGGCUUUUAUGGCCACACGAAGCGAGGCUUGGACCAGAAGUCCAAUAUUUUGACAAAAUGCAAGACGUGUUGGAAGGCAAAGAGAAACAAGCCCUCGGAGGAAUUUAG